GUAAAUGGAACAUUAUUUGUUCAUUGUUAGUGUUUGACUUGGUGUUUGAUCAUUUAAAUCAGCUGUGAUUCGUUCAAAAAAAGGAAAAUUAUCCUUUUGUAAACGGAAAGUAUAUCAUGGUACGACCUGUCGUUUAAAUUGUUUAAAAUGUAUUGUGCGUCAAUUAAAAUCUUUCAGUUCUGAAACUAUGAAGUCACGACCAGCAACAUCGCUACGUUUGUCUUUACUUUGUAACGCAUUCAAUAGCAUGACGCAACGUAUUUAUCUGGAAUGUGUCGAACUGGGCCAUGAUACAGAGAUCGUCAUCUUUGACGAGACGGAAGAAGCGUUACAAACUAUUGCAACACUCCAGCCCGAUUUAAUCAUUUGUCCGUUCUUAACUAAAAGAAUACCCAUCGAAAUGUACAGUAAUACGCCGUGUCUUAUUGUUCAUCCGGGCAUUGAAGGAGAUCGCGGUAUGUCGUCUAUUGAUUGGGCAUUACUUGAAAAUGCAUCGCAAUGGGGUGUGACGAUUCUGCAAGCUGAAGAAGAAAUGGAUGCUGGCGAUAUUUGGUCAACGAAUAAUUUUCCUAUUGAACGUCGGUAUGGCGGUGCACCGACCAAAUCCAGCUUGUAUCGAUUCGAAUGCAUUCAUGCUGCGGUUAAAGGUAUUCGUCAGGCACUUGAAAACUAUGCAAAAGAAAUUCCACCGCGCCCAUUGGAUUACACCAAUCCCGAUGUAAAGGGGACCUUACGUCCAAGAAUGACCAACAGUGAUCGACAAGUGGACUGGCUAAGAUCGGCUGGUGAAAUUGUCAGAAUUAUUAAUGCGUCAGACUCGCAGCCUGGUGUCUUGGACUCAUUAGCCAACGAAAAAUACUUUUUGUUUGGUGCACACGAAGAAAAAGUGCUCGACCUAUCUUCGUAUUCAUCGGAGAUUCAUGCGAUUUUAGCUCAACGAUAUGGUGCCAUUUUGAUCCGUUGUGGACAAGGAAGUGCCGUCUGGAUUACACAUUUAAAGAAAAUGAACAACAAAAAUGAAAAAUCCUUUAAAUUACCAGCGACUAUGGUUCUACCUGCGGAAAUAGUACAAACUAUACCAAUUGUCCCCGAGCAAGGGUUGCUGAUCAAAUUUGGCUCUAUGCCUCGUACAUUUCAGGAAAUUUUCUGUUGGCAAGACGAGACAAUUGCAUAUCUCUGGUUCGAUUUUUAUAAUGGCGCAAUGAGCACCGAUCAAUGUGUGCGCUUAUCAGCAGCAAUUGAUCAAACACUUGCAACUAUUUCGGGUAAAAUUCUUGUGUUGAUGGGCGGCUUUAGUUUUUUCAGCAAUGGCAUUCAUCUGAAUACGAUUGAAGCAGCCAAUGAUCCGGCAAAAGAAUCAUGGGAUAAUAUCAACGCGAUCGACGAUGUGGUUUUCCGUAUUUUGACAUGCAAAUCUCGUUGGACCAUCAGUGCAUUGCAAGGCAAUGCAGGUGCUGGUGGAGUUAUGGCUGCAAUAGCAGCAGAUAGCGUUGUGGCACAUCCUGAUGUGGUGCUUAAUCCAUCAUAUAAGGCGAUGAAUUUAUAUGGAUCGGAAUAUUGGACAUUUUCUCUCCCGAAUCGCGUGGGUAAUGAACGUGCCGAAGAAUUGACGAACAGUACUAAUCCCGUUUCUGCGCGACAAGCUGUUAAAAUUGGUUUGAUUGAUCAGAUAUUGGGUUCGGAGUUCAAUACAUUCUUUGAUUCAGUGCAAGAAUAUGCACAAACAUUGGCAAAAAAUCCAAAUUUGGAUGAUAUGAUCGCUGGAAAACAAGUGAAUGUUGAUCUGUCAUUUAACGAAAGAAUCACUCAACAUCGAAACAAUGAACUCGAGCAAAUGAAAGAUUGCUUUGCAGAUCCGAUGUAUCAUGGAAAGCGUCGUGCAUUUGUGUAUAAAAGUAAAUAUUUGCCAUGUGUUGCAUCAAGUAUGCAAAAGGGUUCCAACGGAUGCAAAUAUCGGAAUUGUUAAUCUUUCCGCGAGGGAAAGCGAAAGCCAAGGAUUAUGUGGAAGCAAAAUGUCUUUUAAAUAAUGAUUCUAUAUACUACAGGCCUCCUAUAUACCUCCUAAAAUCUCCUAAAACUCCUAAAAUUUCAAAAAUGCUCCUAAAAUCUCCUAAAAUGAGAGUCAUUAAAGAUUAUCUUCUAAAUCAGGAUCAAGAUCAAUACAAUCAGUGGAUGAGUAAAAUAACAU